AGGGCACUCCCCCCUACGGCGCAUGCUCGCCGCCUCCGCGGCCGAGGCCCGGCGCAGGGCGCACGCGCGCGGACUGGCGGGUCUGACUGGCUGUGGGGACUGCGCAGUCGCUAAAUGGCGUUGGUGGCGGGAAGGUUGAGUUUGUUGUGCGCCGAGCCUUCGUGGCGAUGAGUAGUGACUUCCAUAAAGCCGAGUCUGGGACCGAGCUCCUUGCCCGACUUGAAGGUAGAAGUUCCUUGAAGGAAAUAGAACCAAAUCUGUUUGCUGAUGAAGAUUCACCUGGUCAUGGUUAUAUUCUUGAAUUUCAUGGUCCAGAAGGAACAGGAAAAACAGAAAUGCUUUAUCAUUUAACAGCAAGAUGUAUACUUCCGAAAUCGGAAGGUGGACUGGAAGUAGAAGUCUUGUUUAUUGAUACAGAUUACCAUUUUGAUAUGCUUCGGCUUGUUACAAUUCUUGAGCAUAGACUAUCCCAAAGCUCUGAAGAAAUAAUAAAAUACUGCCUUGGAAGAUUUUUUUUGGUAUAUUGCAAUAGUAGCACCCACUUACUUCUUACACUUUAUUCACUAGAAACCUUGUUUUGUAGUCAUCCCUGUCUCUGCCUUUUGAUUUUGGAUAGCCUGUCAGCUUUUUACUGGAUAGACCGUAUCAACGGAGGAGAGAGUGUUAACUUACAGGAGUCUACUCUGAAGAAAUGUUCUCAGUUCUUAGAGAAACUUGUAAAUGAGUAUCGCUUGGUUCUUGCUGCAACAACACAAACUAUAAUGCAAAAAACCUCAGACUCAGUAGAAGGGCCUUCUGCCUAUAAACGCCCAUGUGAUGUGGAUGUAGACUACAGACCCUAUCUCUGUAAGGCAUGGCAGCAAGUGGUAAAGCACAGAAUAUUUUUCUCCAAACAAGAUGAUUCUAAAAGCAGCAACCAAUUUUCAUUAGUUUCACGUCGUUUAAAAAGUAACAGUUCAAAAAAACAUUUUUUUAUUAUUGGAGAAAGUGGGGUUGAAUUUUAUUGAUAUAUAUCAUAAAAUAUACCUUUGCAGGAUAUUAUUCAAGUCUUAAAAAGUUUUCUUUAAGCUAAAGUGAUUUGAUUGUAAAGUUUUAAACUCUAGGGGAAUUAACAUAACAGUAUUUCUAUACAAAAUGGAUUUCUUAAACUAGCACAAUAAAACUUCAGACUAUUCUGUUUCUAGGCUGUUGAAGAUGAAUCAAAGUGAUAUUAACAAUUAAACUUUGUAUUAAGCUUUUUAAAAACUAAAUAAUAUAUACAUAUUUCAGCCUAAAUAAAAUGAACUUUUAUAACUUUGUGUCACAUUUUUGGAAUUCAGUUAAGUAUUUGUUUAAGAAAGUUUAAGUGCAUUUCUAAUCUCUUAUGUAACUUCUGGGAUUUUGUAAAAUGUUUCCGUAGAGCUGUUUCUUCUAUAUCCCAUAGGAUGAAAACAAGGAUAUACCUACUCAUCUGUCUUUCACACCAAAAACUAUGGAAUGCCAGAGCAUUUUGAUCUGAAUUACACUGAAUUUGAAGAUGAAGUUGCAUUAUGGUUGGGUUUCUGUAUAAUUUUUAAAACACAGGGAAAUAAGAUAUUCACAAAGAACUCUGUGAAGUUUUGAAAUGUUUUGAAAUAUUCCUCUCCUCCUCAUUCAGUGCUAGACAAAUGCUGAAACUCUUAGGACUGUAUGUUACUACUAUUUUCUUACCUAUCAGACAUACCUUGACAUGAACUGAAUCAUUUCCAACUGAGACCUGGGCAGUGGUAGUGAGAAUGGGGAGCAUGUAGUUCAUGGGGAUACAGGGUAAUGGACUGUGGUGGAGGAAGGCCAUUUUAGGAGAUCCAUAAUAUUUAUACAAUUUAAUCCAGGAAAAGAUUAAAUUAUAUUAAUAUUUGAUAUUCAGAUUAACCCCAGCAGUCUCCUUCAAUCUGUAUGUUAGAAUGUCAUGUCAUGCAUGUUAUCUGAAUUAUUUUGUGGGAAAAGUAGAAGGGAUUUACAGUAGUAUUCUUGUGUUUUUGUUUGUUUAUAUGUUACCUAUUCAGUUAGAACUAUUUAACUAUAAAUUCACUUAUGUAACAAAGGUCCUUUUUAAAGGUUUAAAACUGGCUGGGCUUGGUGGCUCACGCCUGUAAUCCCUAGCACUCUG